AUCAGGGCGUGGCAGGGGUUGCCUUCGAAGCCGCUUGUUCCCAUUCGGGUCGUACCCGGAGCCGUCUUGCCCACAGGCCCGGCUGCUUUCUCCCCGCGAUGCUUCAGGUGCGAGGAACACCUGCCAUGAAGUUGCCCAGUGAGUAGAACUCAAGUGCAGAGGAGCUCAGCGGUCCGGGACGCAGAGAAAAGGUCAUUUUUCUAACCGUUAAGGUGUCGCUGGCCUCAGUUCAUAGACCAUGCCUACCAAUUCCUCAUGGAAAUCCACUAACGCUAGCACCCCCACCACCAUAACCCCCACUACCGCUUUCAACCAAACCACCACCACAGCCGCACCAGGGUUUAUUGACCAACUGCUGAAUAAGAUCCCCUUGCCAAGAUGGGCCAUCUACGCCAUACUGGCGCUCAUCCUCCUGGUGUUCCUCAUCUGCAUUCUGUGCAUCUGUGUAAAAUGCUGCUGUAAAAGGAAGAAAAACAAAAAGAAGAAGCCGGACCAACAGAUUAAUCUGAAAGAUGUGAACGGCACCACAACCACUGCGCUGGUCCAGCCUGCGGUAGAUGAUGUGGAUUACAGAUCCGCUGACAAGCCCCGGGGAAGACUUCUUUAUUCCCUUGAGCACAACGCACAGACCUCAGAGCUCACAGUGGGAAUCAAGGAAGCCGCAGCACUGAAAGCCAUGGAUCUCGGAGGAACAUCUGAUCCCUAUGUUAAAGUGUACUGCCUUCCUAAGAAGUCAAAGACCUAUGAGACCAAAGUGUUCCGGAAAACUCUCAAUCCAGCGUUCAAUGAGAAUUUCAAAUUCCAGAUACCACAAGCCGAGCUCGGUGAAUCUACACUGGUGAUGCAAGUGUUUGACUUCAACCGGUUCUCCAAACAUGACAUCAUGGGCGAGCUGCGUCUGCAACUCAACACGGUGGACUGGAACCACGUAAUCGAAGAGUGGAAGGACCUCACUGAGCCGUCCAAAUUCGAGCAAGAGAACCUGGGAGAGAUCUGCUUCUCCCUACGAUACGUCCCAACAGCCAGCAAGCUCACCGUUGUGAUCCUGGAAGCCAAAAACCUUAAGGGGAUGGACUUGGAUGGUUCUUCAGAUCCCUAUGUGAAAGUGCAGCUGAUCUUGGACAAGAGGAAGUGGAAGAAAAAGACAACAUCUGUUAAGAAGAAAACUCUGAAUCCCUACUUCAAUGAGUCAUUUACCUUCGACGUGACCUUUGAACAGAUUCAGAAACUGCAGUUGGUGAUCUCGGUGUGGGACCAUGACAACCUGAGCAGAAAUGAUGCCAUGGGCAAGAUCUUCUUGGGCUGCGAUGCUUCGGGCAAUCAGCUGCGGCACUGGGCGGAUAUGCUGUCGAACCCACGUCGGCCAGUGGCCCAGUGGCACACCCUGCUGUCAGCAGAGCAGGUUGACUCCACCCUGGCUCUCAAGCACAACUUCAGGAUACCUUUCACCAACAAGACCUUCUGAAGACACUCCUAAUGCCUCUUCAUACCUCUAUAGCACUGUUGUUUGUGUUUGUGUGUAUGUUUGCCUUGUAAUAGAAUGGUAUCCUGUCCAAGAUGUACUCUUCCUCAAAACUCAUGCUUCUGGGAUAGGCUCCAGAUCAGAAAAACCUUGUCCCUGGAAAAGUGGAUAUUUUUGAUGAAUGAAUAACCCUAGCAUACUUUGAACAAAAAUGAAAUGGACAAAUGAGGAAUGAACAUCACAAAACAAAAAUACGGUAAAUCAUCAUAUGUGGGCUUGGAGAGUGAUUUCAUUUUAUUAUGCAGAUAUGUAAUUUGUAUACCUCUUAAUAUAGAUAUUUGUGUAUUUAUGGCUGUCCUAAUGUAAUUCUUCCACUUAUUACUAUUACCCUUUGGAGCACCAUGGAAAUAGAGCCCAAUUAUCAAGAUAUUGUUCAUCCUCAGUGUUGCACCAACUUGUCACCUUAUAAAACUGACAUAAUGCUUCUAAAUUUAUACCAAGUGACCUUUUCAAAUCGAACGUGAAAUAACCUGGGAAAUGUAUGAGUACCAAAUAUACAGACUUGCUUACAUUUAAUCAUACUAGCCU